UCUCAUCGCAUGCUAUUCAAGAGCUCUAAGGCUGAUAUUCUACCCCCGCAUGCGACCUGCCUUCACUUUCACUUUAGUGACCACGCCGUCCUGAUCUUGAUAUAUAGCGUUCACAUCUCAAUUCUCCUUUGAAAAGAGUUUCAUGCCAUAUAUGCCGUACCAGUAUCGAUGGAGAAUUACCUUUGUGGGCGUUGCAAGCUACUCAGCUUCGACGAUCGCGCUCUUGGGGGAAAAGAGAUAGUAGACGAGGAAGGCAAUGCGCGUCUGUCUUUCCCGAACCAUGUCAUCGAACUGCGCCCGCUUGAUCUGAAUGAUCAAACCACAAUCGAAAUGGACGACUACAUUGAUUAUCGGCUGGUACGUCUCGAUUGGCACGUGGAUGACGUCUUGCCUGGUUUGCCACUUCUGGUACAGUCUGCACAGCAUGGCUGCGAAUUCUGCAACGCUCUACAUUUUACAUUGGAAACAAGUCUGGCGCGAGAAGCGAAAACUCUCAUUGUAUACGAUGGGCCUUUGACCCUCACAGGAUAUCUCUCAGUCAUGGAGAAAGGGAUUGGGAUUGAAGGAAUUGUGAUAGAGGCUACAUUCAAUCAGAAUGAAGGUAUACUCGGAGUCAUUCCCAUGUUUUUUCCCGUCGAAGCCAGUGCCAGUAAGUUAACAAUUCAUCUCUAUUCACGUGUACUGACGAUAAAAACAGAGUGUGUAAAGUGGUUUGGGGCUGAGCCUGCGCGUGAAGUCCCUUACUUGAGCCCGGGCAACGUCCAGGAAAUGCGUCGGAUACUCUCAGAAUGCACUAAAUCAUGCCAUCCAUGGACCUCAUCACCAACCCUUCCAACAAGACUGAUUGAUGUGGGAAGAGAUUCCUGCACAGUUCCUCGUCUGAUCUUGUCCUCUGAUUUAUUUGACCCCAAAGACACGAAAUAUGCGGCUCUGAGCUACUGUUGGGGAAGCGCGGAAGAUGCUGAAACGCAGCUGACGACCAUGAAAGCUACCCUUCAAGACAGAUGCAGAAGCAUUCCAUACGAGUUGAUGACGCCUGCUAUCAGAGACGUAAUUGAAAUCACAAGAGCAAUUGGUCUUCGUUACGUCUGGGUAGAUGCUGUGUGCAUUGUGCAAGACGACAAAAACGACUGGUCCCACGAGUCAAGUCGAAUGAACCAAGUUUAUCGUCACGCAUUUGUCACCUUCUGUAGUCUCAAUUCACAGUCCUGCCACGAAUCGCUGCUACAAAGGAUUGCUGCAUUGAGAAUACCAUUCACAUCUAGCUUGAAACUGGGCGUGAAUGACUACUACCUAAUACGACUCCAAGCAGUGAGCAGUGAAAUGGUAGACCGUCGCCGGUACACAUUGGAACGAAUGUGGUCUAGAUGGACGAAACGAGCCUGGACAUACCAAGAAGAAGCGCUUUCCACCCGACUGCUUGUCUUUGGAUGUUUGAAAUUGCGCUAUAGAUGCGGAAGCCACGAAUGGACAGAGGGCGACGCUAGUUUGACGCAAAUUUCCGAAUCCAACGUCAAGUUGCUUGAAAAAAUUUCCCAAGCCAAGCAAGGGGAUCUUCCAACGAGUGAACUUUAUGAUCGGUGGCUCAUCACAGUUCAUCAAUACACCAAUCGCAAAGUAACUCUAGGGAAGGAUCGUUUGCCGGCUAUAUCGGGAUUGGCGCGCAUCAUGAGCGAUUCAUUGAACGAUGUUUAUCUUGCUGGAGUCUGGCAAAGUGAUAUACACCGCGGUUUGUGUUGGACCGGUGUUAACGAGUCGGCCUCGCGCAGCCUCCAAAGCCACUUGGAAUAUAUAAGACGCAGAGAUUAUGUUGCGCCCUCUUGGUCAUGGGCGUCGGGGGCUCGUUCCUUAAUGUGCACCCGUCAGCAAGCUACGCCCGAGUCCACGAUCUUGGACGUCAGUGUUGAUGUUGACUCACAUAACCCGUUCGGCCAGGUGUCAGGAGGCUAUCUUCGUGUCCGCGGCAAUCUCGCUCCCAUACCAGAAAUCCUACUUCCGCGAAAGCUCGGAGAGACAUGGGGUGAAGUAUGGUCACACGAUUCUGACGAAAGUAGUACAAGCAGUAUCAAUGUCGGACUCGAUUGGGUUAGCGGGGGGAGUGAAGAAGGGUUGGGAAGGCUGUUAAUGUUUCGUCUUCUACAAGCUCCUGAUAAUGAAGAUCGAACCUGUCCACAGCUAUUUGCUCUACUGCUUCAUCCUACAGGAAAUUCAGAACAGUUUUACAAAGUAGGAUUGGUUUCCUCAAGUGGGCACACUGGGUACGAAAUGAUGAAAAGCUGGUUCACCAAUGCCGCCAUUGAAACGAUAUGUAUAGUUUGA